GGUGCUGGCCGGCGGGUGCUGGCCGGUGGCUGCUGGCCGGCGGGUGCCAGGUGUGCCGCCCAGGGCAGCGCCCUCGCGAGUCUGAGCAGGUGCGAGCCGCGUCGGCCGUGCGCUGUUGGGGUGCCCGUCUGCGGUCUUUCUCCCGGGCAGGCCCCGGAGCUGCGGUCCCAUCAGCUAUGGUGAGGGCGUUGGAGGUGGUCCCAGCCCAGGCAGCAGGUGGGUGGGGGCGCAGGUGGGAUUCUCUGAUCUUUAUGGGCGCAGGCAGGUGGGCCCAGGGUUAGUAAUUUGGGCAGCAGGGUUGCCCCUCAGCAGCCCCGCUGGACCUUUGGCAGGGUUCUCAUUUGGCCAUGUCUCUGGUAGGAGAGGUGGGAAAGGGGUCCCAGGCACCCAGGUAGGAGAGGUGGGAAAGGGGUCCCAGGCACCCAGGUAGGAGAGGUGGGAAAGGGGUCCCAGGCACCCAGGUAGGAGAGGUGGGAAAGGGGUCCCAGGCACCCAGGUAGGAGAGGUGGGAAAGGGGUCCCAGGCACCCAGGCGGGGGCUGUGUGGCUUCAGGGCAGUCCCUUUGGGGGCCGCUCCCUGUCCACGAUCAGGACAGUGAUGGGCUCCAGGACAGAGGGCCCCACAGGCUUAUUGAGAUGUGGCAGCAGGCAGGCCUGGGCUGACCCUGCCGCUCCAUCACCUGCAGCUUCUGUGGGACCCCUCACAGCCUCUGUGGGUGCAGACGUUGCCACUAUAUAAAAUCCGCGUGUGCCAGGCUCCCAGGGCUCCCCUCCCUGUUCAGAGCUGGGGUGACAGCCAAGCACAGCCACGGGCAGCGGCCAGCGGGCCCCCCCCCCAGGCUGGGAGGUCUUAGGAAACUGACACAAGGAGGCUGAGAUGUUGCCGAGAGCUAAUUGGCAUCACCCACUCCCUGCCCCGUCACCCCCGACAGCUCUCGGCCCGUCUGGAGGGAGAGUGGCUCCCGGUCCUCUAAGUGACAGGGUUUGGGGAAGGCCACACGGGCCACCUGGCCUGCUGAGUGUUCUCGCAGCCGGGCUCCGUGGAAGCCAGGACACCUGGGCCUCAGGUGAGCUCCUGCCGGUGCGGGGGAGAAAUGGCAGGCUCUGGAGGCCUCGGUCCCGGUAUUGGGCAUUGUCUGAGGAGUGAGGCGGGUGAGUGGGGCACUUCCCGUCGUCGUCCUGGGUGGCCCUGAGUGCCCAAGGACACUCGGCCACAUGAAGACAGUCCUGCCCCGGAGUUCCUUGGCCUCGGGGGAGAUGUGCAGGGCAAGCGUCUGUGAGCUGACUUCCAGGGACUCCCCAGCCUACUGCUAGCGCUAGGGAGAUCCUCAACCCAGGAGGGCUCCCUGCAGGAGGUGACCUAAAGGAUGGGGAGGAUUUAGGUCUUUGAAGAUAGGAGAACAUUCCGGGCCCCGUGAACAGUGGGCUCCAAGGCAGGGCUGGAGCGAGGGGGACAGGGGCUUCCCUGAGCACCAAGACGGGGCGACAUGCUCUGUCGGGAGCAGGCACCUGAGCCCUGCCGGCCCUUCCUCCCCAGGCGCCGAGGGUGUCCAGGCCCCGGUUGCGCUACCCUGGGAGCCAGCGGUUGGGGUUUGCUUCUGAGCGUGUGAGUCGGCAGGAGCCGAGGCGAAGUCUCUAACGGUCCUUUGCCACCGAGUAAAGUUCUUGUGGGCUCUCCCGCACGUUGGCUACAGAGCUGGGCGGGCAGGUGGUCUGCAGGUGGCUGUGAGGGGUCAUGCAGAGGGAGGGGCCGCACUGACCCUCCCCCGUCUCAGGGUCCUGAGCCGCCAGACCUGCCGCGCUGACUCCUUGGUCUCCCUGUGUCUUGCAGAACAUGCUGCGUCUGUCCCCGAGUGCCGCCCGGAAAGCAGAGCCCGUCGUGGGCUUUGGAGAACCCUCCAGGACUUCGAGGCCCAGGGAGCCGGGCGGGGAGGUGCUCACUCCCGUCAGCAGCAGCCCAGGAGGUCUCCUCCCCUCUUCUCGGACACUUCCCCAGUUGAGACCGGAAGCCUCGGUGACCGUGUCUGCCCUCAGGGUCACUCAUCUGUCCUCCUGGCACCAGCGGAUCAGCAAAGGCAUGUUCCAGAGGGCAGGGGCACGGCUGAACAGUCUCCAGGACGUGCCCAGCAGCCGCAGGAGGGGACAGCAGCAUCGAGGGACAGCCUGCCCUGCCGCCUGCCAGGCGCUGGCGCCUGGAGUCCCACGGCAGGUCCCUCUAAGGGCAGGGCACCUCCUGGAAGAUUUUCCAUGUGAAGAAGCAGGCGGUGGCAUCUGAUGAAAGUAUGUGCAUUUUAUGGAGGUCGAUGCUAGUUCUCCGGCCAGCAUGGGGUGGUACCAGGUGGUCCCCACUUUGCCAGGUGUCCUCCGUGUAGCCAUGGGCCGGUUCCCUGCUGGAGGGGACCAUGGAUAGACCGCAGGGCCCUUCUCCAGACACCCGUGGGCUCCCGGCAGAACCCUGCAGCCUGGGAAGGUUGCUGGACACGCCCUUCCCUUCUCCUUCCCUUGCGGUUCCUGGACGGAACAUUCCGUCACCACAAAGUGAAGUUUGCACAAGCCCUGCCCUGUCUCUGGGGGAAACCCAGCCGAGGAUGGGCUGGUGGAAUGCCACCUGCCCGCCCAGACCCCAGGCCAUCCCACGUGCCAGACCUGGAGCCUCCCGGGGACGGGAGCCCAAGUGCCCAGGCAGGAAAAGCCCUGCCAGGCGGGGCUGCCGCAGGUCAGGGUGCUGGCUGGGCAUUCUUGAUGUGGUUGCAUCCCGUCACCCCCCACCACCCGCUGUCCUUUCCUGCCCUCCCUGCCUGUGACCCAGACUGCGGAUCGAAUGGAGAAUAUUUUCCGAUAAGUGCACACCUUUGGGGUUAAAACUGUUGCCUGUUGUUGAACAGAUGUGUUCGUGGGAGGAGAGGGGCGGUGCAUCCUUGCCUUUCUGCUCUGGGCCCCGGGCGCGUGCGUUUGCUUAAGCGUGCAGCGGCAGAGAGCCGCUCCCCGGCUGGCACUGCCCACCUGGCCCGGCACAGCCCUGGGAGCCGCCUCUGUCCCGCCCCAGUGACGGAGGAGGCAGCCGAGGCCCGGAGGACUGACCUGACCAGGCCUGUUGCUGGUGGAACACAAAGUGGGGUCCGAGUCGAGGCCUGGUGGCCCCAGAACGCCCUGCUGUCCCCCAGCCCGUGGACGUAGGUGUGCCCGCCUUGCAGGGGCCAUGUCCCACUGGCCGGGGCUGCUCCCCCGCCAGCUCCAGGCUGCCUGGCAUCUCAGGUGGCCCUCCUCCCGUGGGCUUGCAGACCCCCGUCUGUGGGCUGCGGGACUCGGCACCUGCUGGGUACCUGGCCCUGCUUUAGGUGCGUGGCCUCAGCACGGCGGGCCCGGCCCCUCCCCCUGCGAGCUUAGUGGCUGUGAGGGAACAGGGUGCAGGGCCCAGACGGGGUGCAGACUCCGUGUGGUGGAGACCCUGACCCGGAGCACACGGUGCCUGUCUCAGGGGCCAGAGAGGGGAUUGGGGCCCCAGACUGGGCCUAAAAGGAAGGCAGGCUUGGGGUCUGGCCUGGGGGGCUCCAUCCCGGAAGCGCCCCCCACACCCAGUUCUGGCUUUUCUGCCACAUCCUGUGGCGUGCCGUGGCAUCCUAGUGGCUGGUCCUGCCCCGGGCCUGGGGGGCCCAGCCGGCCUGGGGGGGCCCAGCCUCAGUGCAGCCUGGGGCCUAGGAAAGGGCUGGAGCCCUGGGCCGGCCUGUCUCGACUUAAAUUUGAUAUUGUUAGAGCACGGAUGUUUUUGCAUUCAUUUUUGUCUUUCCGAACAUCUCAGUGAGGGGUCACUCGGCUGACGACGGAGGCUUUGGUCCCUUGACGUGCCUCCCUCGCCCCUGCGCCAGUCUGGCCCCGCCCGGCGCCCCGUGGGUGCGGCCUCUCCCAGGUGCCCUGGCCUGCCCCACGGCGGCCAAGGACUGCUGCCCGCGCCCUCGUCAGCUCUGCGGCCGCGUCCGCAGGGGACCCGCCUCCGCCGGAGCCCCGGAUGCCGCCCGUCCCGCGCCCCAGACUGCAUUGUUGGCACGGCCUGCUGAGCAGAGACACUGGCUGCUUUAUGGGGAGAAACCCAAUCAGGGUGGCUGGGGGGGCCAUCUGGGGGGGACGCGGCGCCCGGUGGCCCCGAGCCAAGCCCGAGGUGACUUCGGGGUGACACCGUCUGUCUGCCUCGCUCGCUCGCUCCAGACAUCCGCCCGGCCCUGGAAGGGCCACCUGCCCACCACAGCCUCCCACACACCUGUCCCAGCCAGCCUGGCUCCUCCCCCGCCGGGCCGCCCGGCACCCUGCCCACAGGCAGGCACGGCCGCCGGGGCAGGCCCGGGAGGUGGCAGCUGGCAGAUGGCAGGGCGUCUGCCGACUGCUCGCUCCCCGGCGACUCUGCUCACGCUGCGCCACCCGCCCGGCCACCCGGCCCUCAUCCAGGCUGGCUGGGAAGGGUCCCUUGGUCUGUCUCAGGACGCACCCCCCUGCUGUCCCUGAGGCCUGCGGACACCCCCAGGCUGUAGGGCAGGUGGCCCCGGCAGAUCACACCCCCUCAGUACCCUCCCCCCAACGCGCAGAAUUAGCGCCUGGCCCUGCCCCUGCAGAAAAGGCUCCGUGAAUGGACCACACACCCAGAAACGACCGUCUUGCUCCCCAUCCUCCCACGCCUGCGGGAGUCCUCCCUGGGUGGGGUGGAGUCUGCUGGGGUCCCAGUGUCUGCUGUCUUGGUCACCAGAGCACAGCAGGGCUGGGGGGCGAGUGACCUGUGUCCAGGCGCUGCCACGGCCAGCUUCCCCGCCCACCGCGGGUCUGGGCGGUCCAGAUGGGAGUCCCAGAGCCGCAGGGGCAGACCCUGGGGUACACAGGGCCCUCUGGGGACAGGAGCAGUGAAGAGCGGGGCGGUGCUGCCGGGCAGACGGGCGGGGUGCGGAGGCCUGCCCGGGGCAUUCUGCUGCUACGGGAGUCUGGAAGGGGGAGCCGGGGCGCCAGGCAUGGCGGGAAGGAGCAGAGACCGUGGAGGGGGUUGGCACGGGUGAUGGACAGCCCGGCCAGCUGGGCGCUCGGGGAGGGAGGGAGCCCCCUGCACAGCCUGGUGGGCUGUCUCGGGCCACACUGGUGGGUGUGGUGCUGGGGCUCCAGGUCGCACGGUGCAGGGAACCUGAGUGGCUCCGGCUCCUGCCCCUGCCUUGUGCUCCUCUUGCACAACUGCCCACGUCCCUGCCUGCCUGGGUUUGUCCCACCAGCCUUGCCACUGUCAUGCGGAUCCUGUGAGGGCACGUGGCCAGGAGAGGCUGGGGCGAGCAGAGCCUUGGAUUUGCGCAGCAAGCCCUUGCUGGGGCUCCGGCCUCAAGCUGGGUCCUGGGAGCCCGUUCCCGGGGUUCCCGCUCCGGGGAGGGUCCCCAGCCUCCCUUGCCCUGGGUCCUGGGCAGCCGCGGCCUCUUGGGAGCCUCAGGUCCUCCUCUGUUUGGGAGGCCAGUCCCAGUCUGUGCCGUCCCCCACGUCUCCGCCCUCCUCGGCCCUGGCAGGGCAUUGGCCACCCAGCCUGGGAACGCCGGCCACCCCAACCAUCGGGGACAGAGCUUGGGGCUUGGCCAUCGCUGACCUGGCAUCGUCCAGCACAGGGCUGGCCGCAGAGGCUGUGCCGUCCAGGUCCUGCAAGGGGAGUGCCGCCAGGCGGGAGGCGCCGCGCUGGAGGGCGGGUGGGCGCAGAGGCUGGGUGGGCAGCGAGGCCGGGACGGGCCCAGAGGGGUCAGGCUGGGCGAGGCUGCAUCUCUUCCAAAGCUGACACUUGUCACUUUUGUUUCUAAAAUCCAAACAGGCCAAGAAGUGAUGCCGACGUGGGAGCCCCUGCCACCGGCCAUCCUCACGUGAGCGGGGCCUCCCCGUGCUUGCUGGGAAGUCGGAGCUAUGGGAGGCUUUAUGGGGGGGGGGAGGGCCAUGGUUGGAGCCGGGUCCCUCCUGGUCCUUUCCGGGCCCCAUCUCCUUAGAUGGGGGCUGGGGGUCCCACUGCCGAGGCUGUGCCCCAGCUGUGCCCUCCCCUGAGCCAUGUCUCCUCUUCCUGCCCUCUUCCGGCAAGCUUCCCCAUUGGCCCACCACGCCCUUGUGGCUUGGUGACCUUUGACCCUGGUGGUCUCCCCACUCAGACUGGACAUGGCCUGAAGGAGCCGUGGUUCGUUGCAGGCCUCGUGGGAGGAAGAGGGGCACUCAGCCUUGUCCUCACCCUGUCGGGGUGUGCUGUCCCCAAGCUCCUGGUUGUGUGUACCUGCAUGUCCCACUGGGAUCACCGUGCCUCGAGGGCUCUCCGGGACAGGGGUGCCCCAGGUAGCCCCCUUCCCUCCCUCACUGUGGAUCAGCCUGGGGUGCAGCCCUGAUACACCCAGGCUCCCUGCCAUUGUCACAUAGGAGAGUCCUGCUUAGAGCAAGAAGAAAGGCCGGGUGCGGGAAACUGAGUCACAUCUGCUUCUCCAGCCUGGGGUGAACAGACAGGGGGAGGGGGCUUGUGGUGAGGGCCAGGGUGGACCAGGACGUCUGCCUCCACCCCCCGGGCUGCCCUGCCCCACGCCACCCCCAGCCUGUGGGGCCGGGGGUCAGAACCAGCGUGGGGUGGAAGGGUCCCGGCCAGCCCAGCAGCCAGGCCAGCCUGAGGGCUCAGGGGUUUCGGGGCCCAAGGCCAGAGCUCGUGCUGGGGGCGCACCCCGGCCCACAGCCUCCCCUGGCUCUUCCAAGGGGUACAGUUGGGGGUGGAUGCCGGGACCACAUGUCGUGCCCGGACAUCCAGGCUGGAGCCCGGGCCUGGGAGCCAGCGUCCUCCCGGGGGAUGGGGUGAAUGACAGCUGUCACCCCACAGGGUGGCUUGGCAGUGCCAGGUCUCCCUUGAUCUUCCGCCUUGACCGCUCACCGUGGCUGGGAGGGUAGCAGGAGACCCUUAGCCCUGCCCCGCCCUGACUGGCUCUGCCUCGACCACCCUUGGGGACACCUCAGCUCUGUCUGCCAGCCAAGGGGUCCAGAGUUGAGGCAGGGCAACGGGACGUGCAGAUGUCCUUCUGGGGCUUUGCGGGAACAUGGGGUGUCUGCGACCACCGGCCAGACAGCGUCUGGACAGGGGAGGGCCAGGUUGCUGCACUUGUAGGCAACUCACCUCGUGUCCCAGCGCCCCGUGGGCACAGCCCUUCCUCUGCGGAGUGGGCAAGGCCAAGCCCGGAAGAGCCCGAGAGAGCCAGCAGCACCCCCACCGUGCCCAGAGCAGACAUCUGGGGCCAGAGACUCAGCCCCCCUGGGCCUCGGCGUCCUCCCAUGAAAUGGGAUCAGCAGUCAUGGCCUCACCAGGGCUGAAUGGCACAGCCAGGCCUGGUGCCUGCCUGGAGGAGGCGGCACGGCACGUUCAGGGCUGUGGGAGGAGGUGGAGGGUAGACUUUCCUGGUCCACAGUGGGAUUGGAGAGCUCGGAGCUAAUGUGCCGUUUUUCGAGGUGGGAAACAGAGUGGUCUAACAUUCGCUCUGCCGCCCGUCAGCUGGGUGACAUCGAGAAGGCCACAUUACUUCUGCGGGCCUCAGUGUCCUCAGGUCCCCCAGGAAGGUGGAGGCCAAGUCAGUGUGUGUUGGGGCUGCCCCUGCGGCAGGCCCUGGGCUCAGGAGGGCCCCGGGGCCCUGUCUCCUUGCAAGUCACCCCACAAGCAGGUGAGGCCCAAGGCCGUCUAAGUGCCGUCGUCCUGCCAGGCCCCCAGGCGCCGGAGCCCGCACAGGGACAGGCCCUGGGCCUGCGUGUCCCCCGAGGGUCUGCAGUGCCACCCCGGCCGUCCUUCCCGGGAGCCAGCUUCCCUCAAAGAAGGAGAGAGCUACAUCCCUGGUCCCCUCCCGUGGCGUGGUGAGCUCGGGCCGGGCCGCACAGCAGGGCAGGACAGUGCCCAGGGAGGGGCAGCGCGUCCCCAGGCUGCUGCCUGGCCAGUCUCGGGGCCACGAGCCCUGCUCGUGGUGGCACUAAGGGGGCAGAGGCCCUAACCCUAACUGUCCAAGGGCAGGGUCGCGGCCAGGUGGACACUCACAGCACCACUGACACGUGCUGGCCUUCGACAGGUGACAGCUUCCCCCCAGCAUCUGCAGUGCAGGAGUCCCUUGGGGACGUUUCAGCCACUCCUGUCUAUAUGGGAGUGAGCCAGCUGCUUGUGACAGUUUCCCAGAAGGCCACCCAGGGCUCCUCCCUCCUCUCUGUCUUCCUCUCGCCGUGUCUGGCUGGUGGCUCCCCGCCGCCCAGCCUGUGGGAUCCCGGUGCCCUUGGGCACCCGCUGGCCCAGCCGGGCGCCCAGCCCCUUCCCGAACUCAGCCCUCCUCCCUUCCCCUCCAGCAGGUGCCUCCGGGAGCCGCGGAGCCCCCGCUCGACGCCAAGACCGCGCCCUUUGGGGUGAGGUAGUAGGUUGUAUAGUUUGGGGCUCUGCCCUGCUGUGGGAUAACUAUACAAUCUACUGUCUUUCCUGAAGUGGCUGCACUAUCUGCAGUGGACGCAACGUGGGACCCUGGCCCCGGGGGCGGUGGGGAGGGCGCGGCGCGGGCAGCUCUGGUGGGCGUGGGGGACAGCCGCUGCCGUGCAGGAAGCAGCUGACAGGCCAGGCUCCAUGUGCAGUGGGACCUCGGCGGGCCUCGCUUCCUCAUCUGUGAAAUGGGGGCAGGCGAGGGCCGAGGGAGUCGCCGCGUGAAGCGUGAAGCGGGGCGGAGCAGGGCAUGGAGCCGGCCGUGUCCCCGCGCGGUGCCGAGAGCAGGAUGCCCAAGCGGCUGUUUGUGAAGCCCCGGCGUCAGGCCCGGCCGUGGGGAGCUCCGGGCAGGAGUCUGGGCUGCACCCUCAGCUGCACUCACACCGGGAAGGAGCGCGGGCCGGGGGUGGCCGAGACUUCCAGGGGUCGCGGGGCGGUGAGCGGCGGCACAGCCGGCCAGGGAAGGCGGGAGGCCGGAGCGCCGCCCCCAUCUCCGGGCUCAGCCGGGAACGUCGGACACGGCCUGGAGGAGGUGGCGUGGGGACACCGGCCUAGGGCAGGGCUGCCCUUCCCGCCGGGGCACCCUCUCUCCACUCCCCCUGCCCUGCGCCUGCCCAGCCCCGCGCCCGGUGGCGGAGGACGGCUGGGCGGGGCGGGC